AUGGAAGUGGUGAAGGGCAUGCAGGCCACUGAAGAAGAUGGCUGGGAGUACGUCUACGUGUGGAACUACAACGACGGCAGUAAUCAGGUGGUGCAGCCUCAGGAAGUGCCGAUGAGUCAGGUGAAGCAGUUGCAGCAGCAGCAGCAUCCAGCGCCGCCAGCUGCCCAUCCUGGUGCAAUGCAGCCACCACCACCGCCACCACCACCAGCACAGCAAUCAAUGGGCCCAAGUGCUCAUCAGAUGAGUGCUGGCGGUGGUGGUGGUGGUGGUGGUGCUGGUGGUGGAUCUAGCCACAAGUCAAUGAACAAGUCGCAGUCUCACUCGAUGCAACAGGGCUCACAAAUGCACGCCUCUAAGACGUCCAUGACUGGACAUUCGCAACAGGGCUCGCAAAUGCAGAUGCCUUCGCACGCCUCUAAGACGUCCAUGACUGGACAUUCGCAACAGGGCUCGCAAAUGCAGAUGCCUUCGCACGCCUCUAAGACGUCCAUGAGCGGGCAUUCCCAACAGGGCUCACAAAUGCAAAUGCCCUCGCACGCCUCCAAGACGUCCAUGAGCGGACACUCGCAGCAAGGCUCGCAAAUGCAGAUGCCUUCGCACGCCUCUAAGACGUCCAUGACUGGACAUUCGCAACAGGGCUCACAAAUGCAGAUGCCCUCGCACGCCUCAAAGACGUCCAUGAGCGGGCAUUCCCAACAGGGCUCACAAAUGCAGAUGCCCUCGCACGCCUCAAAGACGUCCAUGAGCGGGCAUUCCCAACAGGGCUCACAAAUGCAGAUGCCCUCGCACGCCUCCAAGACGUCCAUGAGCGGACACUCGCAGCAAGGCUCGCAAAUGCAGAUGCCCUCAAAUGCUUCCAAAAUGUCCAUCGGUGGACAGUCAAAGCAGUCAGGCCACCUGCCAUCGGCCUCUCAGUCAGGAGUGAAGGAGCAGCCUUCUCAAACUUCUCAAACUUCUCAACCUCCUCCGCCGCCCGGUUUUGAGUGA